GAGUGUAUGUGUGCAUGUGAAGCAGAAGGAGGGUGGUCGCUAACAUGGGAAUAAAAGGGAAGGAUAUGGAGGGGUGUCUUGACACAACACAUCUGUGAUGUCACUGUGAUUGCAGUAACCAGAGUGAGAGAUAGAGAGUUCUGAACUUAUGUAACAAGGAGUGGAGGUAGGAUAGGAAUGUGAAGCUGGGUUGGAAAAUCUAAUCCAAAGCAGGAGAGAAAAAACAUUGUCUUUAGUGAGGGAAGAGAAAGGAAUAGGGGAAGAAGAAAGAGAAGGAACACUUGGACAGAGACAAGAAGAGACUGUGAAGCUGAGAAGAGUGGCCAAACAGGAUACUACUGAAUUCCAUUCAACAUGGAAAAUCACGAGAGUUGUGUUUCCGAGAACGUACGGCUCUUGACCUUCUCCUCUCAGGAGUCCGUACAGGAGUUGCAGCAAAGAGACAAGACUAACUACCAACUGGAUACGAGGAAAAAGGGGAUGGAGCUGCCACCUCGACCAAAACUCUUUGACUUCCAUGGAGUCUCCAUGAUCCACCAUUUCACUGACAACUGGGAGAACAUACGAAACUUCCAGGCCAGGCCAGAUGAUAUUCUCAUCGCCACUUACCCCAAAGCAGGUACCACGUGGGUCUCCUACAUUCUAGACCUGCUGUAUUUUGGUCAGACAGCCCCUGAGCGUCAGACUUCACUGCCUAUCUAUGAGAGAGUGCCUUUCCUGGAGAGUGACUUCCAUAUUCUCCCUCCAGGAACGGAGCUGGCAGACAAGUUAUCCACCUCUCCUCGCCUCAUCAAGACUCACCUCCCAGUCCAGUUGGUGCCCAAGUCCUUCUGGGAGCAUAACUGCAGGAUAGUGUAUGUGGCCCGUAAUGCCAAGGACAAUGCAGUGUCUUAUUUUCACUUUGACCGCAUGAACCAGGCCCAUCCAGAGCCAGGAGACUGGAACAACUACUUACAGAGAUUCAUGGAUGGAAAGAUGGUGUUUGGUUCCUGGUACGACCAUGUGACUGGCUGGUGGGAGAGGAAACAGACUCACUCUAAACUCCACUACCUUUUCUAUGAGGAUAUGGUUGAGGAUACGGGGAGAGAGCUGGACAGGCUGUGCUCCUUCCUAGGUUUGUCUCCUUCAGCAGAGGAGAAGGAGAGGGUGAGAGGAGGAGCGCAGUUUGAUACUAUGAAGAAGAACAGCAUGGCCAACUACUCCACCGUCCCAAUCAUGGAUUUCAAGAUCUCUCCAUUCAUGCGAAAAGGAAAGGUUGGUGACUGGAAGAACCAUUUCACUGUGGCCCAGAGUGAACAGUUUGAUGAAGACUAUAAGAAGAAGAUGAAGAACACCACCGUACAGUUCCGCACUGUAGUCUAGGGGUUGUGAUCAGGUUGACUGGUGCAUAUGCAUCUCAGCUCUGCUGGAGUCAUGGUGCUGAAACGUACAAUAUGCUGAUACUAUCUCUACUGUAUAAAUAAGAGAGCUAAUGAUGUCUUACUUUGAGAUAAAGGCAAAUGAUAGACAUGCACAAUGUCAACAAUGGUUUGUUUAGUUGAAAACACACACACACACACUGUAUACUCAUGUAACUUUAAAAUUAUAGCUGAUAAUUGAGUUGAGAACAAGAUAUUACAUUAAAUAAACUAACCAAAAGAGGAAGAGGGUAAACACAAAACGAGACAUGGUCGUUUAGUUAAAGACAGAAAUAGAGAGAGUGAAAAUAAAAUAUAAACAAAAUAAAUACUAGAGGGACAAACUGAAACAGUAAAAUAAUAUUAUCAAAGUCAUAUUGAUGUACACCUAUUUUACAUUUUGACACGAUAAAUGUUUAACUUUGAACAGAUGCUAGCUUUGUUCCUAAACUCAGGCCCCUACCAGAGCACAGUCCAACAUUUACCCAUGCAAUCAAUGUUGACAGGUAUUGUAGCUAAACAUGUCAAAUAGGUAAAAGUGUUAUAAGUUGUGGAUGUUUUUUAUAUGCUUUUGUACGUGUGCAUAUUACAGGAUAUUGUGGAAUUAAACUAAAUAAAAAUAGCAGUGCAAAAAUAA